UCAGGUCUAGCCCUCCAAUUCCCAAAGACGAGACGACUUUUGUUAGUACUGUUUGCCUCCUCGUCCUCCUCCUCUUCCCUCCUCCAUGGUGCCGCACCCGCACAGCACCACACCACCUGCCUAGCGCCAAGCUCCAACAGAAGCCGCUAGCUUGAGGCAAGUCCAAGGAAGGGGGGAAGAGGCAGGAGGAUGGGAUCCCCCAAGAUGGCCAAGAGCGCGAUGAAGCAGGGCAUCUGGCGCCGGAGGAUCGGCGCGCCCUUCGCCGCCGUCCUCGUCGCCGCUGUCCUCGCCGUAGUCGUCUUCUCCGGCCAGUUCGCCAAGGGCCCCAACGCUUCCUCGCAAUUUGCUCCGGUACAAGUUGACAACACCCUGCGGCCCACGCGCGAUAAGCCGGUCUCCGCAGAUCAAGACUUGGAGAGAACGGUUUCUUCAAAGCUAGAAGGGGAGGACACUGAGCAAAUUAGACUUGAUGCAGAGGAUGGACAGUCUCCCAACAAAGAGGCAGCAAUCGAAGAGCAGAAACCAUCCCAGGCGGCUGCUAUUGAUCAGGAUGACAAUACCUUAAAUCCUGGGCUUAAACAAGCUUCUGGAGAUGAAAGGAGCGCAGGAGGAUCUGACUCAUUGAGCAAGGAAUCUCCUCCACAAAGUCAGGAAGGAGACGGAGGCACAGCAGAGUCAGGUGCGGAACCGUACAUCAAGUGUACGGCUCAAUCUGACAUAAAGAUCUGUGACCUCUCCAACCCCCGGUUUGACAUCUGUGAGCUGUGCGGCGAUGCUCGCACCAUUGGACAGUCCUCCACUGUUGUGUAUGUCCCACAGAACCGUGCUUCCAAUGGUGAAGAGUGGAUUAUCCGAGCACAGUCCCGAAAGCACCUUCCCUGGAUCAAGAAGGUGACCAUCAAAUCUGUGAAUUCCUCAGAACCAGAACCAAUAUGUACCUCCAAGCAUCACAUCCCAGCCAUUGUCUUCGCACUAGGUGGGCUAACAGCAAAUGUCUGGCAUGACUUCAGUGAUGUCCUUGUCCCACUGUUCCUUACUGCCCGUCAAUUCAACAGAGAUGUCCAGCUUAUCAUCACCAACAACCAGCCCUGGUUCAUCAAGAAGUAUUCUGCAAUCUUUAGCCGCCUCACGCGGCAUGAGAUUAUUGAUUUUGAUUCAGAUGGCCAGAUCAGGUGUUACCCACAUGUCAUUGUUGGUCUCAGGAGCCACCGAGACCUUGGCAUCGACCCAAGUUCUUCUCCCCAGAACUAUACAAUGGUAGACUUCCGGUUGUUUGUCCGGGAAGCCUAUGGACUGCCUGCAGCUGAAGUGGACAUACCCUAUAAGGCUGACAAAGAUGACCCUGACAAGAAGCCCCGGAUAAUGCUGAUUGACAGGGGCAAAUCCAGGAGAUUUGUCAACGUGGCACAUGUUGUACAAGGGCUGGAUUGGUUUGGUUUUGAGGUGGUCAAGGCCGAUCCAAAGAUCGAUUCUAACCUUGAUGAAUUUGUUCGCCUUGUUGACUCCUGCGAUGCAAUCAUGGGCGUGCAUGGUGCGGGCUUGACUAACAUGGUGUUCCUGCGGUCCGGGGGAGUGGUGGUGCACAUUGUGCCAUACGGGAUCAAAUUCAUGGCUGAUGGGUUCUAUGGUGCACCUGCACGGGACAUGGGUCUGAGACAUGUCGAGUACAGCAUCAGUCCAGAAGAGAGCACACUGCUGGAGAAAUACGGUUGGAACCAUACUGUUAUCAAUGAUCCUGAAACCAUCAGGAAGGGCGGAUGGGAGAAGGUUGCGGAGUUCUACAUGUCCAAACAGGACAUUGUGCUCAAUAUGACAAGGUUUGGACCUAGCCUGUUGAAUGCAAUAGAGUUCAUUAUGUAAGUUUGUGAAAUGAGGUUUUUGUGUUUGUUUUAGCUACAGCAUUCUACAGUCACGAAAAAAAUACACUUUUUUGUUGGCCAUAGGUGGAAUAGGUAUUGUUGUUUUAGUGCUGCUUCUGUAUAGGAUUGUCGGUGUUAGAUUUGAAUAACCAUGAUCAACUGUUACAGGAAAGAUGACAAUAAACCUGUGUGCUGAGUUUUCUUAGAGCCAAA